AGAGAUACAAUGAACGAAACUGAAUAAAUUUUCCACCUUUUGUUAUCUUGCUUUUCAAAGAUUUGGGCUUGCAGGUCUAUAUGGCCAUUUCCAGGAUAAGAACAAAUUGGGUAGGUUCAUUUUCUGAAUUUAAAGCAUAGCUCUCGCUCUUUCCAGUUCAAAAGGCCAUUUUGUGCAUAGCAACACUGAGAGAGAGAGAGAGAGAGAGAGAGAGAGGAUGGAGCAGCUACCAUCAGAAUCAGAUGCCAUAGCCAAAGUCUCAUCGAUAUUCAUAUACCCAAUAAAAUCAUGCCGUGGAAUUUCAGUUUCUCAAGCAUCGGUCACUCCUACAGGAUUUCGAUGGGAUCGGCAAUGGUUAGUUGUAAACUACAAGGGGAGGGCGUAUACUCAAAGGGUUGAACCAAAGCUUUCUUUGGUUCAGGUAGAGCUGCCAGAUGAGGCAUUCAUAGAGGGUUGGGAACCUUCUAAAAGCUCUUAUCUAGUACUAAAAGCACCUGGCAUGGAUGCACUUAAGGUUUCUUUGAUUGCACCUCGAGAAGUAUCAAAUGGGGUUUCAGUAUGGGAGUGGUCUGGUUCCGCAUUAGACGAGGGAGCUGAUGCAUCAAAAUGGUUUUCAGAUUAUCUUGGGAAACCCAGUCGACUUGUUCGCUUUAAUACGGCUUCAGAAACUAGGCCUGUGGAACCUGAAUAUGCUCGAGGACACAAUAUCAUGUUCUCCGACAUGUACCCAUACAUGCUAUUAUCUCAGGGAUCAAUGGAUGCACUAAAUAAUGUUUUGAAGGAACCCAUACCAGUCAACCGUUUUAGACCCAACAUUCUUGUUGAAGGUUGUGAACCAUUUUCUGAGGACUUGUGGACAGAGAUCAGAAUAGACAAGCUUGCAUUCCUGGGUGUCAAGCUAUGCUCCCGCUGUAAGAUACCAACGAUCAAUCAAGAGACUGGCAUCGCAGGAGCUGAGCCAAAUGAAACUCUUAGGAAAAUCCGGUCUGAUAGUGUCUUGCGUCCAACUCAAAAACAGAAAGGAAAGGUCUACUUUGGGCAGAAUCUAGUUUUCAAAGGCUCUCUUACCGGGAAAAAGGGAAAUGUCGUAAAGGUUGGAGAUCUUGUUUAUGUUCUCAAGAAGGUCUCCUCUGCUGAUGAAGCAGCAGCUUGAAUUUUGUAGAAUAUCCACUUUAUCCUUGCUGUUACAUGGAUAAUAGUAUAAGAACUGCUGUCUAGUGUACAAUAAAUAACAAGUGAAGUGAGUUGCUUGUUAAUGCUGGUUUCUUGCUUUUUGUCUUCCAAAUUAUGAGGAGGGUGUGUAGGGGUGAGAGUUCCAGCUAUUUCAAUUCAAUGUAUGAGAACCGAAGUCUCCAUGAAUGAUAUAUGUGUUAUGUAGCCGCUUUCAUAUAAAACAAGUAACAGAUAAAAAGAACCAUGAAUGCUUAAUGGAUUCCUUUUUACUUA